UCCCCUAGUCCAAAGACAUGCGUUGUAGGCUGAUCAGCAUUUCCAAAUUAUCCGUAGUGUCCAAAUGUGUGUGUGCGCGUGUCCAGGCUGUCCCCUACCUGGGGUGGACUCCAGACUCCCCUGUAACCCUGUGUAGGAUAAGUGGUAUGGAAAAUGGAUGGAUGUUGCAUUUGAUGUUGUUGGAUGUCCAUAAAACAAGUUAGUCCCUGUUAUCACUUACCUUAAUCAUAGGUAUACUUUAUAUAUGGCAUGUAUGUUAUAACAAGAGAUUUUUAUUCAAUGGGGAAUUCAUUACAUUUUGUUUUUAAUGAGAACUUCGUUUAAAAUACACGAUAUCUAUAUUUAAAUCCUAGUACAAUACGUAAUACAAUGUAAUAACGUUAUCCAUGAUGGAUUGGCUUUAUUUAUUUUUACUUUUUUGCUUGCGCUGAUCUGGCAACCCUGGGAGUGAGCUCUGUGUUUGGAUGCUACGUGUAAUUACCACAUGUCCGUUUAUUUAUUUUCUAGUUUCGUGUAGUUUUAGCUGAGAGUGGGGGAACACAUUGCUACAACCCAGUAACAUUGCGGCUGCUGGUAAAACUGGAGAGAGCUGUACAUAGAAAGAAGCAGGCGCUGUCAUUCAGACACAGGCGACGUCGUCAGUUGCUGAGACUGAGACUCGGGCAGCGGCAGGCCUCGGAGCGCAGCGCCAUGAUGGAGGGAGGCAUGCAACUGCUGAAUCGUGAUGGCCACAGCAUCUCGCACAACUCCAAACGCCACUACCACGACUCCUUCGUGUCGAUGAACAGGAUGCGGCAACGCGGCCUGCUCUGCGACAUCGUGCUGCACGUGGCCAACAAGGAGAUCAAGGCUCACAAAGUGGUGCUUGCGUCCUGCAGCCCCUACUUCCACGCCAUGUUUACUAAUGAGAUGUCAGAGAGCCGGCAAACCCACGUGACGCUGCAUGACAUUGAUCCACAGGCACUGGAGCAGUUGGUGCAGUAUGCCUACACCGCUGAGAUAGUAGUGGGGGAAGGCAAUGUGCAGACGCUGCUCCCGGCGGCCAGCCUCCUGCAGCUGAACGGAGUGAGAGACGCUUGCUGCAAGUUCCUGCUCAGUCAGCUGGACCCCUCUAACUGCCUGGGCAUCCGUGGCUUCGCUGAUACACACUCCUGCAGCGACCUGCUCAAGUCUGCCCACAAAUAUGUCCUGCAGCACUUUGUGGAGGUGUCCAAAACCGAGGAGUUCAUGCUGCUGCCGCUCAAACAGGUGCUGGACCUUAUCUCUAGUGACAAUUUGAAUGUUCCAUCAGAGGAGGAAGUGUACAGGGCUGUAUUGAGCUGGGUCAAACACGAUAUUGAUGGGCGGAGGCAGCAUGUACCCAGGCUGAUGAAGUGUGUGCGUCUGCCAUUGCUGACGCGGGACUUCCUGAUGGGUAACGUGGACACAGAGCUUCUGGUGCGCCACCACUCUGAGUGUAAAGAUCUGUUGAUAGAGGCGCUGAAGUAUCACCUGAUGCCCGAGCAGAGGGGCGUGCUGAGUAACUGUCGCACUCGGCCCCGUCGCUGUGAGGGUGCCAGCCCUGUGCUGUUUGCUGUGGGUGGCGGCAGUCUCUUUGCUAUUCAUGGAGACUGUGAGGCCUAUGACACCAGGACAGACCGCUGGCACAUGGUGGCGUCUAUGUCUACACGACGGGCCCGAGUCGGAGUCGCUGCUAUCGGGAAUAAGCUGUAUGCUGUAGGCGGAUAUGACGGCACGUCUGAUUUGGCCACUGUUGAGUCAUAUGAUCCUGUGACCAACGGCUGGCAACCAGAAGUAUCUAUGGGAACCAGGAGGAGCUGUCUGGGUGUGGCAGUGCUUCAUGGCCUGUUAUAUGCAGCUGGAGGCUAUGACGGUGCUUCCUGUCUCAACAGUGCAGAGAGGUAUGACCCACUAACUGGCACCUGGACCUCCAUUGCUGCCAUGAGUACCAGGAGAAGAUAUGUGAGAGUUGCCACACUGGAUGGCAGUCUGUAUGCAGUUGGUGGAUAUGAUAGCUCCUCACACCUAGCCACAGUAGAGAAAUAUGAUCCACAGAGUAAUGCAUGGACUGCCAUAGCCAACAUGUUAAGCCGGAGGAGCAGUGCUGGCGUUGCAGUACUGGAGGGAAUGCUCUAUGUUGCUGGAGGCAAUGAUGGAACCAGCUGCCUGAACUCAGUGGAGCGGUACAACCCCAAAACCAACACAUGGGAAGGAGUGGCCCCAAUGAACAUUCGCAGGAGUACUCAUGACCUGGUGGCCAUGGACGGCUGGCUCUAUGCUGUUGGUGGAAACGAUGGUAGCUCCAGCCUGAACUCCAUUGAGAAGUACAAUCCACGCAGCAACAAGUGGGUGGCGGCGUCGUGCAUGUUCACACGCCGUAGCAGCGUUGGAGUGGCCGUUCUGGAGCUGCUCAACUUCCCACCACCCUCCUCACCAACGCUCUCAGUAUCCUCCACCAGCCUUUGACAAAGGGUGAAGACCCGACUGAGCUCCAGCGGCUUGCCCUGCGUGGCCAAGAGGCGCAACUGCUCAGUAUGAGCUCUGGUGGGAGGGAAGAAGCCCAUGGACCAUAGCACAGAUGAAGAGAGGUAAAACAGGUUAUAUGAAAUAUGAAAAGUGAAGCCCACACAUUUCUGCCUUCCUCACCCUGCACCUUCCACCCCAAUGCUUGAAAGUGCAGAGUCCCUCUGCCAUUUUGAAGUCACAUGUAUAUGAUGUAUACUGUAAUGUAUCUAUUUCUUUUUUUUGGGGGGGGGAGUCAUGAUAUUGCAAUAAUAUAUAAUAAUGAACGAUUUCACUUAGGAAUGUAGUUCUUCGAUUCUGCCAUGCAUGUUUACCGAAAUUUUGUCUUGGCAGAAUAAAACAUUUUAGUGCUGCUGUGCCACACUAGGUGGCAGUGAUGUGCAACGCUGCCACAUUUCACCAUUGUGCAUGGACGCACAGAAGCAGAGAGACUUCAUACAGUGCUGGAUAUUUAACGAUGAGCUAAGCCUACUCGAAAUAUUGACCAGAGAAUUCAAGUACAUGUUGAAUAUAUUUUCUUAUUUAUUUUACUAAAUGUAAUAUAUAAACAUAUGACACUAAUUCAGAGAUGUUUUAUGCAGAAGGACCACUGGAUGUCUGAUAUUUACAUAUCAGAGAUGGUAGAAGAUGUGAUUAGUUGAGAACGUCUGAGGUUUUUUUUUUCUUUCAGUGUAGUAAAAAUAUCGAGUUCAUAGCCAUGUAGCCAUGUAUCCGAAGCCAGAGAAAUUAUUGUAUGACUCCACAAUCAUACCAUAAAAAACGGGGACGUUGUAGUCAAAGGCCUCUCUAUUAAAGAGUAUAGCCAUACUGAAAGUGGAUGUGACCUACAUGCAACCUCACGUUACCUCAAAUUACUUUUCACGCAGCGUUCACAGGUUUGUCUUUGAGAAAGCCAAACCCAGUGCUCGGCGAUUACUUCUAGUCUCUCAGCACAAAUGUGACUCCUGUAUUAGAGUGACAAUUAUAGAUACUUUAUCCUGUUUCCUUCACUUGUGUAGGAUUCGCUCAUGUGUAUAUAUUGCAUUUCAGAACAUUCACUGCUUUUGCACCAUAGGGUUAGAUCUCGUUAGAGUGUGUGUAUGUGCUGCUGAGAUGUCAUGGGUAUUAGCAACUACCAAUGCAUCCUAUUUUAGUGGAGAACACUGACUUGGAGGAUUUAGAUAUAGGAAUCAGACAGUGAGGACGCAGGAUUACGAAACCCUUACUCAUUGUCGUAUACACUUUGAUUUAAAAAAAAAAAAUGUAGCUUAACUUCUAAGAAGUUACAACCUUUGUUUUUUCCUUUUUGGAAGGAUUUUUGCUCUUGAACAAACCCAUGCUAGGUCAGAAGAAGCUUAUAUGCAGGGACUAUGAGUGUUAAGUCAGUCUACAGAGGCUCUCUUGUCUCUUUCUGUGGCAGGGACUGUGUCCUGGUCAAACCAGAAUUUUUCCCAGGAUAACCAACCCAGAAAAAAAGCCUAUGUACAUAAACAGAUAUCCAUAUUCAAAUGUGCAAUGUGUAUGUAAACAUGGAUUUUUUUUCCAGUUCAUUUUGUUUUAAUGUGUGUUGUGGUCGUUUAUUUAUAAUAUUUUGUUAUAUUUAUGAAGGAAAUUUAAUUAUUACUUAAUUAUUUUUUGCACUAUUGUCAGAUGGAGCAAUAUACUACUGUACACAAAAAAAUAAAGCUGUUUUCAA